GAACAGAGAAGAAAUGGCGGGAAAUGAUUCGCAGAAACAAUUCCUAACUCUAAUACGCGACUUCGCUUCUGAAAAAUCUCAAGGAGAGCGAAGAAUAAUAAAUCAGAGGAAACAAAUUCAGGAGCUUCAAUCGGAGCUUGAAAUUGCAAAUGCUGAGGCUGCAGCAGCGAAGAAUGAAAAGGAGAUUGCUGAGCAAGAGCUCAAAGGAUACGAAGUUGAAUUGGCCAUGAAUGAGUCUGCUAUUCAAAUCCUAGAGGAAAGGAUCGCGUUGAUUCAAGAUGAAUUAUCAGCUUAUGGAGUUGAUUUAGAGGCUCUUAAGAAUAAAGAUGCUGACACUCGAGAUGACUUCAUUGAGAAAAUGCUAGAGCUCAAUGCAAAGAUAAGGAAAUUCCAUGAGUCAGUAGCCUCUAUAUUCAGAAAUGAUAAUUGCAGCGACUCAGCAUCAAACCCUGGUCCAGCAAAAGCCAAAGCAGAAGAUGUUGAAGCUUUCAAAAGAGACCAGAAUAAGCUAGCUCAGAUAGUUUCUCAGAUCACUAAGGAAGAAAAGGAAUACCAAGUUGAACAAAAUAUUCAUAGGCAGCUUGAAGAGGAGUUGAGUAUUUUGGAAAGGAAAGCAUCACUGAUAGAGGAAAUCACAAAAGAAAAUAAGGAAAUCCAGGAGUUAGCAAGGCAGACUUCUGAAUUGGAAAACAGAUGUUCUGCCCUUGGCAAUGAGCUACAGAGGAGGUCGGUAUGUCCCAGAUUUCAUAAGGACAAUACAGAGGCACUAGGUCAAAUUCUUCAAGAAGGCGAUGAGAUAUAGCUCUGUGAUUAAUCCAUGACAUUAAACUGAUGAUAGUCAAAAACAGGACCAUGAAGUGCUUACAUUUCUUCUCUGAUUUCUUCCUUUGGCUUUAUCUGUGGCUAAGCUUUGGCUUACUAUAGAUAGGGCUAGUUUGCAUAAUUGACACUUCUAGUUUUUCUACUCACUCCCCCUAUACUUACUAGAGAACAAAUGUAAUGGAAGCUGUAAAACAAGACGUACUUUUACCACAAGGAUAGUUGUAUUUGUGUUCUUUCAGCUGUCUAUGGUAUUGCUAAGGAAGAAAGUUAAAUGGGCUUGCCUCUAAUAUCCUAAUGAAUUGUGGUCACCACUCAUGCUCCACCUCCUAUCAUUGGGUGUUAUGAGGGGCUUGAAAGUGAACCCACCGAAGUGCUUUUUUGAAGGAUUGGAAGUAAUUGAUUUGUAAAAAUAUGAAUUGUAUGUUCAGCCAAACAAGGAAGCCAUCUUUCGGGUUUUCCCAUGUGCAUGUAUGUUGUUGAUCCUUCUGUAUUCCGCAUAAUCAAUGAUAAGAGAGGAGAUCUAGCGUCUCUAUUAAUCUUGAUUUGUACCUGCCACAUAAAAUCAGCUCUUGUAAAUUGUUGUUCACAAAAUCAUCCAUUAUGAACUAGAUAUCAAAGCAACUACUGUGAACAAUGAGUUAGAUAUUUACAUAUUUACUAGGAAUUGUGAAGUGGGCUGAAAGGAGGAGAUGGAACCAAACUUGAAUGGGCGCGCUUUUGAUCUUCAACUAA